AACUCAUAAUCAUCCAACUCUGCAAACUUACGAGAUGCAUAACAGAACACAUUGCAAACAACUUCAUUUACAUGGCUUCAACCUAAACACAUCAUUUCUGUCUUGUCUUGUACGGCCCAUAAAUUCGAUUAACCAGCAACCUCCCAUGAUCACUUUGCCUUUAAAUACAAACCAAACUCGAACCAUAAGCACAUACACAGACAACUAAGCAAACAUUACUUCUCCAAAACCUCAAACCUUAAUUCUUACACCAUGGCUCUAAAUCACAAGGCUCAGUAUAUUGUUACACUAGUGAUGGUUAUCAUAGGACUGUGUUUGGUCAAAGGUGAGCUGCAAACAUUGACGCAUCAUCCUGCUGCGCAAGCCCAGGGUUCUGCAGGUGGGUUGCUCAGUUUUGUGGUGGUCGGAGACUGGGGAAGAAAAGGAAUGUACAACCAAUCUCAAGUUGCUCUUCAGAUGGGAAGAAUCGGAGAAAACCUGGAUAUAGAUUUCGUCAUUUCAACUGGAGAUAACUUUUACGAUAAAGGAUUGAUUGAUGAACAUGACCCUGCUUUUGAAGAGUCAUUUACCAAUAUCUAUACUGCCUCAGGCUUGCAAAAGCCCUGGUACACUGUUUUAGGAAACCAUGAUUACAGAGGAAAUGCUUUGGCACAAUUGAGUCCUUUACUUAGACAAAAGGAUAGCAGAUGGAUUUGCUUAAAAUCAUUUAUUCUCGAUGCAGAUAUUGCAGAACUAUUCUUCAUCGAUACAACUCCUUUCCAGGACAAAUAUUUUACGGACCCUGAGGAUCAAGUCUAUGACUGGAGAGGCAUUUUUCCCCGGAGAAAAUACAUAUCCACUCUAUUAAAGGAUUUGGAUAUGGCACUGAGAGAAUCGACAGCAAAAUGGAAGAUAGUGGUAGGUCAUCAUCCAAUCAAAAGUAAUGGACACCAUGGCAAUACCGAAGAGCUUGUUGCACAGCUUCUCCCAGUCCUACAGGCAAAUAAUGUGGAUUUCUACGUAAAUGGACAUGACCAUUGCUUGGAACACAUCAGUUCUCAAGACAGUCCAUUGCAAUUUUUUACAAGCGGGGGAGGUUCAAAAGCAUGGAGUGGUGACAUGAGUCCGAUGAAUCCAGAGGCAACAAAGUUCUACUAUGAUGGACAAGGUUUCAUGUCUAUGCAGAUCACUAGAGAAGAAGUUCAAGUCAUUUUUUACGAUGUUUUUGGCCAAGCUCUGCACAACUGGAGUACAUCAAAAUUGUUGUAUUCAACUUUAUAGAAUAGAAGAUUUAAAAUAUUUUCAACAGCGGAAAAGGAAGAUGAUGGCUUCAUAACUA